AUGAGAUUUGUGAGUGUUUUCUUGAAUCUCAUUGUUGCAGUCUUUGUGAUCUUGCCUGGUUUUGUUACUGCAACAAAUCCAUUUUGCCAUUUGAAAUGGCCAAACUGGAAACACUACUUCAACCCACUGCCUCCAUUUCACCUUCCACCAUAUGACAAUCCACCACCGCCGGACACCACCGCGCCUCCUCCUCCUACUCCCAGCUAUGCGCCACCGCCAUCUCCGACAUACACUCCGGCCAUACCAACUCUUCCUCCGCCCUUCCCCACCUACUCUCCACCGCCACAAAGCCCGCCACCGACUUAUAGCCCUCCUCCAACUAGUCCAUCACCACCACCUUAUACCCCUCACCCUCACCCUCCUCACCACCACCACCAACCACCCAAAACUCCAACCUACAACCCUCCCUCGACUCCACCACCAACGCCAACCUAUCAGUCUCCCCCGACUCCGGUUUACACUCCUGCACCAAGUGUACCCCAAAGUCCACCACCAUCACCUCCUCCGGUCUAUAAUCCACCACCACAAAGCCCUCCUCCGACGUAUAGCCCUCUUCCACCUAGUCCGUCACCACCACCACCUUAUACACCUCAACCUCAUCCUUCUCACCACCACCACCACCACCACCACAUACCCAAAACUCCGACCUACAACCCUCCCUCGACUCCACCAAAAACCCCGCCUCAAUCACCAUCACCACCAACGCCAACCUAUCAAUCUCCCCCAACUCUUCCACCACCAACUCCGGUCUACACCCCUGCACCAAGUGUACCACAAAGUCCACCACCAUCAACACCAACCUAUCAAUCUCCUCCACCGGUAUAUAACCCGCCACCAACAACGCCAACCUAUCAAUCUCCACCAUCUCCGGUUUACACUCCCACACCAAGUGUACCAGAAACUCCACCAUCACUUCCUCCGACUCUUCCACCACCGACUCCGGCACCAUCAACGCCAACCUAUCAAUCUCCUCCACCUCUUCCACCGGUCUAUAAUCCACCACCCCCAACACCAACCUAUCAAUCUCCACCAUCUCCGGUUUACACUCCGGCACCAAGUGUACCAGAAACUCCUCCAUCACUUCCUCCAACUCUUCCACCACCAACUCCAGACUACAAUCCAUCACCAUCAACACCUACUUGCCAACCCGGGCUGCCUAUUCCGUCAUAUGGCUUUCCUCCAUCGCCACCAUCUCCAUGAGCAACCUUGACAAUUAAGCUUUUACCAGUA